AUUGCCAUCAUUUUAAACAGCGGCAGUCUCUCAGGCACGUCAGCAGCUAGCUGGACGGCCGAAGAUAUGGAUGGAUUCCGUGCUUGGAAUAGAGAAUUCUUGAAAUGGUUGACAGAGAGCGAUUUUGGUAAAGCCGAGAGAGCGGAAAAAAACAACCAUGGCAGUUUUACUUGUAUGCUAGUGUCCGCUAUUGCACUGUUUGUUGAUAACAAACAGCUUGUGCAGCAAGAAGCGGCUAGCAUCCAGCACGAUAUUAACGAAACAAUCAGCCCAGAUGGGGCUCUUCCUGAGGAACUUCAGCGUACUCGCAGCUGGCACUAUUCCAACUUCACGUUAUUGGCGUUAACUCGGCUCGCUAUGGUAGCUGAGAAAGCAGGAGUUGACCUUUGGCAUUAUAGCGGGCCCCAGGGUCAAGGAAUCUUCAAGGCAGUUGAGUAUCUUUUACCCGCUGCAACUGGCGCCGCAGCGUGGGCAUCUAAAGACAUUCAGUUCGAACGAUAUGCUGCGGCGGAUAUCAUCCGUGCUGCUGCUGAUGCGGGCCACAAAGCAUCGCAACUAGCUAUCGAUACAAUCGAACUACCCCCAGAGGGAGAUCUAUGGCCACUGAGGCCUGCACCCGAACAGCUGGAACCUGUUAAAGUAAAAUCAGGGCAGAUUACAAAAUGAGAACAGGUAGCCAUUGGUUUCAGAAUAGAGCAGAAAGCAAUAGAAGCGAUGCUUCUCUGAAGACGGUGGACUUGGAAUGCUGGGUUUCAUGGUAGCGGUAAUUCAAAACAUUGACUAGAUACGGCGCAUCUUAAAUAUAAAAAUGUUUGCUAUCAUUCAUUUUGUAUGAGG